GUAGACUGCACUAGCCUUCAAACUACCGAAUCUCUUAAAAGUGAGUUAUAACUAGAAUGAUUUUAGAAAAACCCUCCCCCGAAUUACUAGCACUAAUUAGAAUAAAAUGCAAUGAAAACAUUGAAACUAGAAAUCAAGAUCUCGAAACAAUUAAAAAAUGGCUCAAAAAACAGCCACACCUUCCAGAUUCUUGGGAUGACGAGAUGUUACUUAGUUACUUGCGCAGCUGCAAUUUUUCGCUAGAAAAAACCAAGGUUAAACUAGAUAAGUACUUCACUAUCAAGAAUGUACUCCCGGAAGUUUUUGCAAAUUUUGAUAUCACAAGACCGGAGUUACAAGAGUGCAUGCAUACAGUCCAAUUCUAUACGAGUCCACGCCUCACAUCUGAAGGGUACCGACUACACUUUGGUCGCGUCAUUGAAUCGCAACCAGAUAAUUUUAAUUUUAUCACAUUUAUAAAACUAAUAAUAAUGAUUUCCCAAGUUUAUGUUAAAAUCGAAAAUGUGGAAGUGGCUGGUGAGGUCGUGGUUCUAGAUGCAAGUUUUUUCAGUUUGAAACAUGUUGCUCAAAGUACUCCGACGCGGGCCAAGAAGUUUCUAAAUUUAGUGCAAAAUGCCCUGGGUUACAAAAUUAAACAAUUUCAUGUAAUGAAUGCACCAACACUUGUGGAUACUUUUAUAAAAUUUUUAUCUCCAUUUCUUAAAGAAAAACUAAGAAAUCGAAUAUGUUUGCACCGGAAUGUUGAGUCCCUUUUUGAUCAUAUUCCCAACAGUAUGACACCAGAGGAGUUUGGAGGAGCCGCUGGUAAAAUGCAACCAUAUAUGGACGAAUUUAUUACGAUAGUUAAUGGAAAGUUUACCUCAUGGCUGAAAGAACAAGAAAAUAUCAAAUCGGAUGAAACGAAAAGAAUAAUAAAGCCACAAUGGUGCGACGAUUUGUUUGGGUUAGAUGGCAGUUUCAAACAGCUGAACAUAGACUAAUAGUGGUACUAAGUUUAAUUGCCGCAAAAGUAUAUCAUGAGGAUAAUGUAGUGUUGG